CUUUUCCAGAGGGAAGCCAUGCCCUGCCACAGAGCCCUGCGCCCGCUCCUGCUGACACUGUGCUUCCUGCUGCCCGCUGCGCUGGCAGGUAAGGGUCUGCGUUUGCAUUUGAGCUCCAAAAGAAGAGGAGAUCCUCACUAAUUGCCUCUGCUCUCCUCCUGUCGCUCCGUCCUCCUUUCCCUCCCUAAGAACUGCCGUACGUAUUUAUUGAAAUAUGGUUGAGUGAUGGAAGUUGAUUUUGGAGUCGGUGGGUAGUGCUGAGUAAGAACGUAUUCUCCAUCCUGAGCCCCCGUUUCUGUUGGGGAAACCCGAAUAAAUCCUGUCAUUUCUGUUAGGCUGAAUAGCAGCAGUGCUUGUGUGAGUGCUGGCGACUGCAGCCCAGGAGCCAGGUGUGCUGCAGGACGUGGCUGUGCUCUGCAGCUGGUGGGACUGCUUGUUUGCCUGCUGAUGGUGGUAGGAAAGCAUUCCGAAUCAUGGAGAGACACAUUUUCCUCCAGCUCAAGACUGUGUGGAUCUCUGGUGCCUUCUGUGCUCUCCCUGCAGCACAGCACUUCACCAGUGCUGCAAGUACAGCAAUGAAAGCAUCUGUGACAACACUGAGCUCAGUCUAAAGCUGAGCUGUGUGCGUGGUUUGAGUUUCCACCCAGAGGUGGCUAUAAUGAACGGCCUGAAACAGCAAACAGGCUGUGAGGGGAGCAGGGUUGGUGUGAGCCCUGUUCUGUUGGGCUCUUCGUUGAAGAGGUUGUCAACUUUGGCCACAUCUGCUCCCCUCAAAGCCUCUGAAAUGCAGGCAGGAUCUAAUGAGUGGCUCAGGCCGAUGUGACAGCAGAGCACAGCGCUCGCUUUCCUGAAUUGUUCUUCUGACUUCCAAGAGCUGGAGGAAGGCUGCAGCUCCUUCACAGCCUGUUCUUACAUCGUACCCAGCAGGAGGGCCUGGCUGGUAGCUGUGCAGGUCUCUUUUUGGAGGGGUUGUCCUACAGGGAGGGGAGCUGGGCACUGCACUGGCUGGAGUGUCUGCAGGGACGGAGCGGCAGCACUGCCACUGGUGUUCCCCACAUCCCACUGCUCUAAGAUGACUUCUUGCUGGGAAACUUUGAGAGUAGCUACUAAGUAAGCCCUAAAAAGUAGGUAUGUUCCUUCUCAAACACCGGGCUCUGGUUUUCCUACACUGCAGCAUUAAUCAUUUAAGCACCAAGUUUCAGUUCUGUGCUUGUGCUCCCAGGAGCAGUGGCAGCGCUCCUCCCACAGACCAGGUGAGGUUUUUGUCUUAACUGCUUGCUUUUGCUCUGCAGACAUCAGCUGCUUUUCAGUGGAACUGUGAGCUGGAAAUUCUUCACCUUUAUCUUAACUUCUCCGUGUCGGCUCUCCCUGUGGAGCCGGGAGCUUUGCACUGGUGGAUGUGUGCUCGGAUGCUGGAGCACAGCAGAGGCUCAGUGCUAACUCUGCCUUUCAAAUGUGCGAGGCCUCCUUACAUUUGUUCUGUGCUACCUCUGAACUGGGCCCUGGGGAACAAGCCAAGGCUGUCAGCUGCCCCGGAGCAGAACAGUUCUCUGCUGUGACAAACAUCCCUGUCCUCUGCACGGGGCUUUUAGUGCACAGUGGAAUUUUUCUGCGUCUCACCGUGUUAGAAAAGGAAAUUUCCUGCCUUGUGCUGACCAAGAAGGGAAGAGCAUGCAGGCAGCCCUCUGCACUCUGGGUGCGCACGCACACACACACACACACACACACACACACACGCAGCCCAGCCUUUCUGUAAACAAGUUCCUUUCACAUUCAUCAGAACCGCAGCUCGCGCUUCCAGCGCUGCACACCACAGGCUGCCCUUUGUGCUCCAUCAAGGCCUUCUUUCAGCCCUGCUCUGGCCCCCUGCCUGCUGCGGCUACCUGGGCCGGCCAGCCCCUGCCCUCCGUGUCGGCACAGCCAUGCUCAGCACGGCCUUCCCCUCCUCGUGGACAUGGUUUCCAUAUCUGGGCAGCAGAGCUUUGUGUGGGCACUGCUGGGCUGUGCACUUCCCUGAAUGCUGCAGAAAGUUGGGAUGCCUUUGAGCUGCUGAGCUCUUUCCGGGGCUGCAUCUGUCCAACGUGGGAAAGCAGCAGAGCCCCCCAGCACGCAUCAUCUACUGCAACUGGAAGAGUGGGGCUUCUGCACCUCCAAAUCCUUUCCUUUUCCUCUUCCUUCAAACGUAGGUUGCACUUAACCCUACAGCACAGCAAGACUGCAAAGAGCAACUUUCUGCUCUUACUAAAGCUGAUUUCUCUACAGUUGCAUGAAGGAUGGGGUGGGGGGUUGGCCUCUACUCCUGGGUAACAGUGGCAGGGUGAGAGGAGGAUGGUAUUCAGCUCUGCCAGGGCAAGGUCAGGUUGGAUAUUAGGACAAAUUUCCUCUCCAAAAGAACAGUGAGGCACCGGCACAGCUGCCCUAGGAGCAGGGCAGUCACCAUUCCUGGAUGGGUUCAAGGAAGGGGUGGAUGUGGCACUGAGGGUCGUGAGUCAGUGGUUGGACUGAGCGAGCUGAGUGGUCCUUCCAGCCUUCGUGGUUCUGCAGGUUCAGAGCCCUGUGUGAAAGGGCAGAGCAGCAGGAGGGCUCUGCAAGGCCUUGCUUUGAGUCCUGUGUUUUUUGUAUCCGAAUGCUGAUGUGGGCUCCUGGAUUUUUGUUUUGAGCUCGCAUAGAAAUACAUUACAUUGUAGUGGGUGGUUUGGGGAGGAAAGAGGCAGGGCAGAAGAUGACCUUCGUUAUGCUAAAGGGGAAAAGAAUGGGAGAAGGCCUCAUCCAAGGACUCUUUUCUGAUUCUGUUCUCAAGGGUAAUACAGUGAGAGGGUUAUUAGGAAGCUCUUGAAGUUUGAGCACUAGGAUGUGAGAAGUAAAUAGUUUGUAAACUUCUUAAAGCUGCAGUCAUUCCAGCAGGUCUGUCCAGGCUGGAUGCAGCUCUUUGUAGACAACUGGCUCAGCACUGACGCUCCUUGCAAAUUACUGACACUUACCAUCUCCUGGCUGAGGUUACUGGGCUGGAGGUGGAGAGUUACACCAGAAAGCAGCAGGUCGCCUCCUUGUAACCAGUGUAAAAAGAUGCAAACAUCUGCAGCCAAGAAGAAAAGCCCUGGGGUUCUGAAAGGAUGUGAGCUGUGGAAUUUGGCAUCAAGUCAACCUGUAAGUGGCUGUGAGUGAUGGACGGCUGUGCGACACUCAGGUUACAGCAGGUGCACGGCCUCUUGUCAGGAACAUGAGCACCUGUCCUGAAGCACCUGUGUUUCUGUCCCUGCAGGCAUCACCCUAGGGGGGGGAACAUCUUACUGUCAUCUGUUGACAGACCUUGGGGGUAACGAGGUCCUGAAGUCAGCCUGCGUGGGAAGUGGUGCUCACUGGUGUUGGAUGGCUCCAUCUGCCACGUGGUCCAACCCUGAGGGUCCUUCAGAUUUGUUCCUCCUUGUGGAGGUUUUUGCAGUCUUACCUUUCAGCUAUCUAGCACCUGGGGUGCAGGAACCUCACAGCUGUGCAGGCAGCUCACCUACUUCCUCACCAAGGAUGGGACGCAGCUGCUUUGUGUCACCUUUGGUGCCCUCUGGAUCCCCCCGCAGUCCGUGUAGCUGUUAUCUCAGUGGGUGUCUGCAUUGAUCAGCAAACCCCUUCUGUUAUUUCUUUGUAGUGUAGUAACCAAUGUCUUUGUUUUUCUGGCCUCAGCCAUAACAACUAUUGCAGAGAGGAUGGGUAUGCAGUGCAGUAGGGGAGAAAGAAGAGGUGCCAUCUGGCCUGCUGGCCAACACUGGGUUACUCCUAGUCUUUCUUUGCGUUCCGUAAAACCCCAGUAAUUCAGAUUGUUCCAUGUCUUUCCCUGAAGUGCUUCCAAGUGUGUUUGGGUGUUCUGUGGAAUGUCGGUACUGUGGUGUUGAGGCAGUUACUGCUGGGUGAGAUCCCACAGGGCAGCAGGCAGCGCAGGGGCACCCACCCAUAACCUCUGUGUGCCCACCUGCUGAGCUGCCCUGGGGCAAAGCAGCCCUACAGGUGCUGUGGGUGGGCUUCCUUACAGCUGGCUCUGACCCUGAGGCUGGUACAUAACUCAGGUGUUCCACACCUACCCUCGUGAUGAACAAUGUGUUUGAGUGUUUUUCUCAGUAGCUCUUUAUUUCUACAGAGUUCUUCUGUGAACAGGAGCAGCAAAUGCUACUUUGCCAUUGACCUCUAUCCAGGUCUUAAAAAUCACCAAGAUCAUUUAAAAAAAAAUAAAAAUUAGACUGUUUCCUACUUACUUGGCUGUCAGAAAGAAGUCCUGUGCCCUGCUCUGCGAGCUGCUGUGAUUUCUCCAGGAGCAGUGUGUCCCUAUAGGGGCUACAGAAGAGAUCUCUGGGAUCUCUGUGGUACUCUGUGGAAAGGAUGCACAUCUCCAGCCCUGCAGGAUGGGUUGGGAGGGGCCCUGCUGAGGGUAUGUGUGUUUCUAGGGAGACACUGUGGGGCACAGAACUCUUGCGGGGAACCCAGGAUGCUGCCUCUGAUGUGGGGUCAUAGAUGGGCUGAGCGUGUGAGGAUGCAGCGUUGCUGCUGCUCCACAAUGCUGCCCUGGGGGGGUCACUGUGGGAAUUGCAGAGCUCAGCCUAGGGCUGCCGGGCUUCUGCUGGGGCCAGAGCUAAGCUGGGAGCUCAGUGAAAGUCCUGUCGUGUCCUUGGGUGCAGAAGGGUCUUUCCUAAUCUACCCCAGAGCGGCACUCUGGUUCUGCAGGCAGCUCUGAGGAAGGCCAGAGCUGCUCCUUGGUGCUUGCUGGGAUGUGAGAUGCUGCUGCGGAGCGCAGAGCAGCGGCUGGAGCUGAUCCUCCAGUGCUCAGCCCUCCUGCAGAGACAGCCCCACACGGGCUCCGGGCAGCCUCGCAGGGCUCGCUGUGCUGCUGCCAGGUGACCCCGUACCGGCACACGGCAGCUCAGUGCCUCAUCCCAUGCUGUUGGCUCUGACUCUUCUGUCCUUUCUUCCCGGCACGGAGAACCGCCGUGUCGGUUCAGGUGGGUCCCGGCUUUGGACGCUGCUCAUUUUUUCCCGUCUCUCCCGUGGCGGUGUGACAUUCCCAGCGGUUUCACAGGGAGCAGUGGAAUGUCUCCUGCCGCCGCCAGGGCCCACCUCAACAAGCCGGGCAUUGAUGGCAGCGCUGCGCUCAGCCACACGCAAACAGGGAGGGCUGUGGCGCGUUCCCCAACCCCACGGGGGGAAGGAAUAACAGGAUGCGAAUGGCAGCAUCAGAGCGCGGUGCUGCUUUCAUCUCCCGGCGCGGUGUGGGGGUGCAGAGGGAGCUGGGGCUCCCAGCGGGGUCUGUGUGCCGCGCUCCUCUGCAUGCCGUGCCGUGUGAGCGCAGCGACCCGAGCCACCCGCACGCAGCACUGACCGCGGCUGCUCCCCUCCCAGCAGAGCACCCACGGGGCCCGCUGCCCACGCUGUGGAACGAGCCGGCCGAGCUGCCCUCCGGAUCCGGCCCCUUCGAUGCCACCACCACCGCACGGCUCUCCGAUGCCACCGCCUUCGCCCCGUACACCUCCGAGCUGGAGCCCGAGGACACCACCCACCUGCACCGGCUCGAUGCUGGGGACGGCUCUCUGGGGCCCGGAGCUAUUGGUGCCAUCGUCAUCGCCUCCCUCCUGGGUACAUCUGUGCUCGUGGCCUUGGUUGUCAUCACGCUGAGGAAGUUCUCUGCCUCCUGAACUCAAUAAAAGAUUUCUGUACCACAACAGCCCUCUGUCUGCUCCCCAUCUGCUGCACUCGCGUUGCUCCUCGUGUGCAGCUCUGCUGGGAGCACUGAGCCCUGGCAGCUCCACGGCAGCGGGAUCAGCCCACAGCUGGGUGGGCUGCAGAGGUAAUGGUGCUGGGGAUCGCUUUGCACAGCAUGAUUUGGUGGGAAAGGGUUGCUCAGGUGUUGUAAAUCACCCCAACUCUCCCCAUGCGUCACCCGACCCAUGUUCUCAUCCCUCCCUUCUU